AAGGUCACCGCCGAACCACGCUCCCCAGCAGUGGUCAGUUUAUUUUCUAAAGGGGAGGGGCCAUGGUUAUUUUGGGUUCAGAAGCGCUUGCUUGCCAUUUUGCUCUCGUUGUUCGAUGAAGCAGGACGUGACAGUCAGCAAAAAUCAAAAUCAUGAACAAUUAUUCUGGGAUAUGCUUAGUGUUCUGUUUUGCAAUAUUUGGAUUGGGAUCUGCCAUCCGCUGUGUCAAAUGCAAGGAUUACACAGGGAGCUGCACAAAAUCACAGGACUGCAGUUAUGAGGAUGCCUGCCUGACACUGACUGAGAGAGGGGGACAGACGUAUCGGCAGUGCGUCAAGUACUCUGACUGCGACUACAAUCGACUGUCCCAGAUGUUCCCAGCUGUACCAAACUUCUACUUCAACUGUUGCACCGGUGAUCUAUGCAACGGAGCCACAUCCAUUGGCACUGGCAAGCCCUUGCUGGGCCUUCUUGCCUCAUUGGCAGUGAUGUGGUGGUGCAUGCACUAACUUCUCCUCACACUUACGCCUUAGAAGCUCUAAUGCUGCCACUCGACUGAACAGAAGCCACUGAUUGGACGGCAAGCAGGAAGAUAUGGGUUAAUGGCUCAUGCUGAAAUUCUGCCGUAUUAGUAUUUGCCUGAUUUACUGCUGCACAUUUCUAAUAUUGAAUUAGACUCUUUGCACUAAUUGGAUUUGUAAAGCUUUCUACGAUAACCUAUUGGUUGAUUACCAAUGCUUUGUGCUUCAGCCCAAAGGCUGAAAAUAAGAAAUGUGCUCAUAGCUCAUGAGUUUGAAGAAGGGAUAUCAUUCAAACAAUCCUCUUUUGAGGCUAGUAUAAUAGACUUUGGCACUUAAUUUCCAUCUAAGGGGGUUUACUAUAGGUUGUCUGUAGUUUGCCUACCAAAGUUACUGUAACGUGUUUAAAUGUAAGGGAUCAUUUGAGAAAUGUUUUAGUUUUUGUGUGUCUGUGAUUGAGUGGACAAAGUAUUGUAUAAUUCAAAAUGCAAAUACUGUGGAAUUGAUGAUGUGGGAUUUAGAACUAAAGGUUGAUCCGUUUGGGAGAGAUGUUUGUUCACACGCAAUGCAUUCACUGCUCUUUUACUGCCUAGCGGCAUACCCUGUUACAUAACAUUGCUUUUCCUGUUUAAUAGGAAUCUAUUAAACCAACCAAAUAUUUUUUAAAGGGCACAGUAAAGACCUUUUUGGAUUAAAUAUUUCACGUGGAUGGUGUUGUCUUUUUAUUUUAAUCUCUGGCCAAUAAAAAAAAAUAUUGCUAAAUAAGCCAUA